AUGAAACAACUACAACUACAACUACAAGAAUUAAUACAAUUUAAAAUCAUCAAAUAUAUACUAUUAGACAAGAAAUCAAACCACCUACAAUCAAGCAUCACCAACAACAAUAGUAAACCAAAUGCAAUACUCUUCUCAUCGAUCUUUUCACUAUACAGCGGCAGUCAACACCGAUCAGAAUCAGAUGUGCAUCAACGAGACAACAACACAUUUAGAAUAAACACAAUAUCUAUUCAACGAAUAGCAAUGGUUAGUUGGUCAUGGUUUAGAUACGUAUCAACAUACUACACCAACAAUAUGUUUACAGUCAACUUUUCAUUAUUUCAUCCAAUCGACACGGUAGUAUCAACAUUAAAGAGUUACUACAGUCUGUUGGCAGGUCCAUCUCGAUUGAAUGUAAUAAUGAACAAGUUGGAAAGGAUGCCAGACAAGAGUAUAGUUAGAAGGUUACAAGAACGUUUGGUGGUCGGUGGUGACUUGAACCUUCAAUUCUCACGGUACUCUCCUUUUAUCGGUGAAGAUACUAUCAAGAGUGUGACACUAUCAAGAGUGAUGAGAUACGAUAGUAACUAUGUCGGGCACCCAAAACAAAGAUUCUCAUUCAUACCGAACCUCUACGGAGCGUUUUAUCACGAGUCUGGUCAAUUUAUAAAAGAUCGAAAUGCCUACCUCGAUCGAAAAGAGUACAAGGUUUCUUGUAAACUACCAACCUAUCUCGGUAUACUGGAUCAGUACACCAAACAACUACGUCGACUGUCAGUUGUACUAGAGCCACGUGAUAUGGCUCAUGUCCCACAUACACUGACACGGUUCAUAGUCGAUCGUGGAAACACACUUACUCAUCUACACCUAAAGAGUAAUUUUAAUAUUAAUAGUAAUAGUAAUAUUAAUAGUAAUAAAUUGUCAACUCAUCAACCAAUUAAAUCAACACUAAGAGUAUUAAAGUUAUCUUGGGGAUUCAAUACACCUAGAAAUACAAGAACUAGAUUAGGUGUAUCUUCUCCCCCUAUAUCAUCCUCUUCUACAUCCACUUCACCAGCUCAACCAAUAAUUAAAGAUGAAGAAUCACUUGCAUUAAAUUUUGAUUGGAUGGUUCUUGUUGGAUUUGAAUCACUCUAUAAAUUAGUACCAACACAAAACAAUACAUUUACACCACCCAAAACAUUCCUACAAUUCAUGCAAUCUUCAAACUAUCGAAUUAAAUCAUUUGGCAAAUGUAGAUUAAUAUUAAAUCAUUUAUUAUCAAAACAACUAUAUUUAUUUAAUAUUCAUUCACUUUAUUUAAAUAUUAGUAAUCAACCAAAUAAUAAUGUAAAUAAUAAUAAUAAUAAUAAUAAUAAUAAUAAUAAUAAUAAUAAUAAUAAUAAUAAUAAUAGGGAUUAUUCAUUUAAUAAUGAUUAUUCAAUCAAUCAAUUAUUAAAUGGUAAAGUUUUAAAUUAUUUAUCAUUGUUUGAACAACAACAACAACCGCAACAACAACAAAUAAUGACAAAUAAUAGAAUGACAGCACUUUUAUUUCACUUUAACCCAACAUCAUUGGAGAGUUUAACAAGUUUGGAUUUAAUGUUGUACAGACACGAUAGAACGGAUGAAAUUGUAGAAUAUCUAAAUAUGUUUCCAGUGUUAAGAUCACUCUCACUCUAUCUAGAACAUCACGAUAGAAAGAAAAUAUUUGAUACGAUUGGUCAAAAUGAAACGUUGGAAAGACUAGUAUAUAAAAAUAAUAGUAAUAGAGACAACAUUAAUAUAAUAGUUUCGGCAUUAAAUAAUAGAAAUCAAUCAUCAAAAUUAAGAUCAAUAGCUCUUAGAAUUGAUAAUAAUAUUCCACAUCUUCGUAAUUUUGGUAAAUUGAUUUUCGAUCAAAUCAAUAUUAGAAAUAAUAAUAGUAAUAAUGUAAAUAAUAAUGUAAAUAAUAAUAAUAAUAAUAGUAACAAUGUAAAUAAUAAUAAUAAUAAUAAUAAUAAUAGUACAACAUUUGAAAUAAUAGAAAAUUUAAAUUCAAAGUAUUUGGUUUUAUGUUUGUAA